AUCACGCCCGCGCCGCUCGCCGCUAGCGCCGCCGCCGCAGCGGCGGCCACCACCGUCACCACUCAAGAUAUCCGGCGAGCACAGCGCGCCGAUGGCCCGGCCACCGUGCUCGCCAUCGCCACGGCUAACCCGGAGACUCGCAGAUCGCAGGAUGAAUAUGCCGACUUCUACUUCCGCGUCACCAAGAGCGAGCAUCUCCCUCAGCUCAAGGAGAAGCUCGAGAGGAUCUGUAAGAAAUCCGGCAUCGAAAAUCGGUACACGUACGUGAACGACGAGGUCAUGAAGGCCCAUCCAGAGUUCUCCGAUCGCAAGCUUCCAUCCCUCGAUGCGAGGGUAGAGAUCGCUUCCAACGCCGUGCCGGAGCUCGCCGCGGCCGCCGCGUCGAUGGCCAUCGCAGAAUGGGGGCGCCCGGCCACCGACAUCACCCACCUCAUUUUCAGCACAUACUCUGACUUGAAGGCCCCGAGCAGCGACCGCCGGCUGGCGUCGCUCCUCGGGCUCCGCCAUACCGUCUGCCGCACCAUCCUUAGCCUCCACGGCUGCUACGGCGGCUGCAGGGCACUCCAGCUCGCCAAGGAACUCGCCGAGAACAACCGCGGUGCGCGCGUCCUCGUCGCCUGCUCCGAGAUCAGCCUCAUCGCGUUCUACGGCCCGGAGGAGGGCUACACAGACACAGACACCUUGGUUGCCCAUGCGCUGUUCGGCGACGGCUCGGGCGCCGUCAUCGUCGGCGCCGACCCGGUCGACGCCGUGGAGCGCCCGCUGUUCGAGAUGGCAUUCGCGUCGCAGACCACCGUCCCCGACAGCGAGGGCGCCAUCACAGUCCAGCACAAGAAGGGCGGUAUGGAGUACCACAUCGCCAGAGGCUUGCCGGAGAUGCUCGCCGGCAACAUCAAGCGGUGCCUGGCCGACGCGUUCGGCGCCAUCGGCGUCGCCGCCAGGUGGAAGGACCUCUUCUGGGCCGUCCACCCUGGCGGCCGCAGGAUCCUGGACCUCAUCGAGGAGGCGCUCGGGCUGGACAACGGCGCCAUGGCGGCGAGCCGGCAGGUGCUGCGCGAGUACGGCAACAUGAGCGGCACCACGGUGAUCUUCGUGCUCAACGAGCUGCGCCGCCGGUUCGCCGCCGACGGCGCCGAGGGCGCCGACUGGGGCGCGUUGAUGGCGUUCGGGCCGGGGAUCACCGCCGAGACGAUCUUGCUCCGCGUCGCAAGUGGCCUCAAGGGAAAUUAA